AAGCUACUCUAAAUCAAUUUCUCAUAUAUUUUGCUAAUUGCUCAUAAUUAAUGGAUUCUUUUGAAGAGGCAUCAAUUGACAUGAAAAUGGAAAUAUUUGAGGCAAUUGAAGAUAAUUAUGGUGGAGUUAUUGUGAAUAUGAAGAAAGAGGAGUCUAUGGAUUUUCUUAAAUUUCAUACUAUGCUCAAGGCUUCCAUUUCUCAUUGGAGGAUAAAGGGAAAGAAGGGUGUUUGGAUUAAGUUACCUAUAGAACUUGCUCAUCUUGUUGAUGCAGCAGUAAAGGAGGGAUUUUGGUAUCAUCAUGCAGAGGCAACAUAUUUGAUGCUUGUUUAUUGGAUUCCUCAUGAAAUUCCUCAUACUUUUCCUGCUAAUGCUUCUCAUCGUAUUGGUAUCGGUGCUUUCGUCCUCGAUCAAGACGGACAGGUACUUGUAGUUAAAGAGAAAUCUGGAAAUGUGACUGGGACCUGGAAGCUUCCUACUGGUGUAGUUGAUGAGGGGGAGGAUAUAUGUAUGGCAGCCGUUAGAGAAGUGAAAGAAGAGACAGGAAUUGAGACAGAAUUUGUUGAACUUCUUGCCUUUAGACAAAGUCACAAAUCAUUCUUUGGAAAAUCAGAUUUGUUCUUCAUAUGCAUGUUGAAACCACUUAAUUUCACUAUCAACAAGCAAGAUGCUGAGAUUGAGGAAGCUAAGUGGAUGGCAAUGGAAGAAUAUGCAAGUCAAUCAAAGGUGAACCAAAGUGAACUCUCUAAAAUGAUAGCCAAUAUAUGUAUAGCCAAGAAAGAGGAAAAAUACACUGGCUUCUCUGCUCUUAUUACAACUAGUGGACAUUCUGCCAAGAAGUGCUAUUUAUACUCUAAUAAUAUAUAGUAUAUGAUACUCAUAAUAAUAAAAGUUUUAUGAUCUUUUAUGCAUAUGUUUGCAAUAAGAAUAAUGUUUGUAAUAAGAUUUUUCCCUUUGGAAGAAUUAAGAUUCUAGUUUGUUUGAUCAUAUAUAAUGUUUUGGCAAUUGAUAUUGAUGUAUGUUUUCCA